CUCGUACACUUGACCUGGUCCUCGAGAGUGCAGAGGUGGACAGGAAAGUCCCGAGCUGACUCGAAGCCACGGCGAUCAAGAUACUUAUUUUUAGGAUGAAUCCAGACAAAGCAGAGUCCGAGUCAUUAUUGCCAUUCAUCGCAGUCUUGAUCGUGACCUGUCGCAAGUCCCUGAUGAGCGCCAACUACCGAUGUGACGCCACGAUAGGCUUCACUUCGAUGAAUGUUAUAAGAUGGAAGCAGCGGGGGGCAGCCUGAAAGUAAUCCUCCAUAUUAAUGUUUCAUCCAGUCCUGUCAGAAUUCGAUAUCGUUUUUGCUGGAGGCGGUACUACAGCCUGUGUUGUCGCGGGUCGCUUAGCUGCAUAUGAUCCCUCGUUGAGAAUCUUGAUUCUGGAAGCGGGUCAACACAGCCUCAAUAAACCUAUUCAUGUGCAACCCUUCCGAUCUCGCUUCAACCAUGCACCCACGAGCACCACAGUCACAUUCAACAUCGGAAAUCCAUCUCCUCGUCUCAAUGACCGUGUACCAAUCGUUCCCUGCGGUCGUUGCGUCGGUGGAGGCUCAUGUGUGAAUUCUAUGAUAUACACUCGCGCACCAGCUUCAGACUAUGAUGAUUGGGGAGUCAAUGGUUGGGAAUCUGAGAAUUUGAUUCCCCUCAUGAAGAAGCUGGAAACAUACGAGGUGCAGCCCGAUUGUCCAACUCACGGUUAUGACGGACCUAUCAAAGUGUCCUCUGGUGGUUGUAAAUUGGGUAUCUCCGACGAGUUCAUCCAGGUUGGCACGACGUAUCACAAGAGGCAGUAUGCCGAUGACACCGAUGAUUUAGAAACAUGCAAUACAUACAGUCCAUGUCAGAAGUACAUUGACGGGACAACGGGAAGGCGUUCAGACACCGCUCACCACUAUGUCUACAACCAAGCUCACAACCCAAAUUUACACGUCUGGGAUGGAAAGCGCGUAAAGUGCAUCAUCUUCGAAGGCAAGCGUGCUGUAGGUGUUGAGUUCAUCAACGACCCAGUGUCCUGCCCAGACGCGGAUCAGUCGUCGAGUAUUGCGAGAGCAUCAAAACUUGUUAUUAUUUCUGCUGGGGCGUUCGGCUCCCCGACCAUUUUGGAGAGGUCUGGGAUUGGUGCCAAGGCAAUCCUCAAGCGGUGCGGUAUUGAGCAAGUGGUGAAUUUACCUGGCGUCGGAGAAAAUUAUCAAGAUCACAAUCUCGUCUUCGUUUCAUACUUGGCUGCUGACGAGGCUGUUACCAUGGACCCCCUCUGGCGUGGGGACAGUAUUCUACAGGGUAAGCAUACUCUCACCACGAUUGCAGCACUUUACAACUACCCAAAUGUAGAAAGUCUUGCGCAAUGGAACAGCAGCGGCAAGUCAUUGAUUGCACAAAAUGGCCUCGAUUCAAAAAUCAAAUGGCGUCCUGAUGACGAGGAAUUAAAAGCCAUGGAUCCAGCUUUUCAACCACGCUGGAAGGAGUUCUUCCAGGACCGCCUAGACAAGGCUGUUGCAAUAUUUGCUAUUUUUUCAGGAUAUGUUCAACCGCUCUCGAGGCUGCUCUCGAGUACCCUUCCUCCUCGCAACUACAUGAGUGCCGCUUAUUAUACACUCUACCCCGCGUCUGUUGGAAGUGUUCAUAUCAACGUGACAGAGAACGGCAAAGAAGCAAUGGACUUUACAACUGGUUUCCUAGAUGAUCCAUCCGAUAUUGUUCCUCUUAACUUCGCGUACAAAAAGACACGCGAAAUUUUUCGACGCAUGGCUUCCUACCGAGGUGAAGUCACUACCGGUCAUCCUGAUUUCCCCGAGGGAAGCGCUGCAGGUUGCAGAGAAGCCUCCGGGCCAGUGGACUUGAAUGCGCCUGACAUCUUCUACACUACCGAAGAUGACGAGGCGAUCGAUCGAUUCCACCGCGACAUCGUACAAACAACAUAUCACUCGCUUGGGACCUGUGCCAUGAAAUCGGAGGCAGAUCAAGGAGUAGUCGACGCUCGGCUAAAUGUAUACGGCGUGUCGAACCUGAAAGUUGCAGAUAUGUCUAUUUCGCCAUUGAACGUUGGCACGAACACGUAUUCGACGGCACUUCUCAUCGGAGAGCGGGCUGCGAUGAUCAUUGCUGAAGACUUGGGUAUCAAUUGCAUUUGAUAUGUAUCGUUAGAGUUGUAUUGAAUCACGAGUUCCUGGACCUGACUAGCGCCAGGUUUGUGGACGUCCUAAAGGACUUCGUUGUCUGAGAUUGUGUCUGACGUAGCGUGACUCUCGUUGCGGGCUUCACAAGUCUCGUUCUACUGAAAUCCAUAUAUCCUUGGUCUUUCGAUGCGACACUCGCAGUGCUACCUGUCUCUCCAACACCCUCGGAAAUUUCAGGUUCUUCCUAACUCUCCUGCUUUUCUACCGGAAUCGUUCUAAAUAUCACGGGAGGUUGAAAUAGGAUCAACAGGGCCGGCUUUCGGCGGAAGAAGAUUUGAGUAUACGAAGAACAGCAAAGUGAGGGAAGAAUGUGUCAAAGUAAGUGCCAUCAAUGGAGCGCUCCAUGGUACAACGAUUUGGGAGAGUAGAUGUCUUUGCAUCAACC